AUGUCUGGCUUGGCUACCCUUUGGUCUGAUUUAAAAGAGUCUUUCUUGCCCGCUGUGGCACUGGCCGAUAACGAGGAACCCGUUGAGGACGCUCCCGCCGACGAGGAAGGAGACGAGGACGACGACGAGGACGACGAGGACGACGAGGAUGACGAGGACGACGAGCCCGUCGACCCUCAGGAGACUAUGCGCGAGCAGUACACCCAGACUGUGUGCAAGAGCGCCAAGCACCACUUUGACGAGUGCGUUGCACGCGUCACUGCCGAGAUGGAAGAGGACGGCUACGAGGAUAAGGACUACAAGGAGGAUUGCGUUGAGGAGUUCUUCCACCUGUCUGAGUGCCUUGACCACCACAUUGCCCCUGUCUUAUUCAACAAGCUCAAUCUACCUUCACCAAUGUCCAAGUCCAAGAACCACACCAACCACAACCAGAACAAGAAGGCUCACCGCAACGGUAUCAAGAAGCCCCAUACCUUCCGUUACCCCUCCAUGCGUGGUGUUGACGCCAAGUUCCGCCGCAACCACCGUUGGGCUCUCCGCGGCACCGCCAAGGCUCUUGCCGAGAAGAAGGCCGAGUAA